GUUAUACACAGCCUCUGUUACAAAACCCGGAGCACUCACGUGUAUUUUGUUGCUUGUGUAAGGGUCUGCGGGUGUAGUGGUUGUAAGUGCAUUUGGUUACUCUAGCCGACUGCGUAUUUUGAUUUUCGUUGUCACUUUCCUCGCACAAUCUCAACCAGGCAUCGGUAUUUGCGUCUUUUCUCUUUAUGUACGUACCACUGUAUGCAAGAGGCACAUAUUGAGGAUUUCGACGCACGAAAAACAGAAAGGCUUCCUGCUACUCGCAUCCUUGACAAAGUUAUUCUGCAGCAAAAUCACCAUGCCACGCCAAAAACGCAAGGCAAGUGCUGAAUCCACAGCUUCUGAUGCCAAGAGGAAGUUGGUUCCAUCGAAAGAGGGGAUAAGGGAGAGAACAGAGGGCUGGCUGCAGGAGAAAGUCACAGAGAAGAGGACAGAGAACAAAGAUUUGAAAUUUAAUCCAAAGCGCCUCCGUUUUGUGUCAGAAUCUCACAAGCUCAAACAGAGUUCGGCUGGUGUUCUUUACUGGAUGUCAAGGGACCACAGAGUUCACGAUAACUGGGCCCUUAUCCAUGCUCAGAAGCUGGCUGUGGCAGAGAAGCUACCCCUGCACAUCUGUGUCUGUCUGUUUGCCCCAAAAUCCAAAUUGUCUACUAUCCGGCAUUAUAGUUUCAUGUUAAAGGGUCUUGAAGAAGUUGCUAAGGAAUGCCAGGCUCUUGACAUUCAGUUCCACCUUCUUCAUGGUGCAGCAGGCGAGGUGCUGCCUGGGUUUGUGUCAGACCAGGGUUUUGGGGCUGUGGUGACAGAUUUCUCCCCUCUCAGAGAACCUCUGCAGUCAUUGGAGGAUGUCAAAAAGAAGCUUGCAGCGGACAUCCCUUUCAUACAGGUUGAUGCCCACAAUGUUGUGCCUUGCUGGUUAGCAUCGAACAAGCUUGAGUACUCUGCCAGGACCAUCAGGGGAAAGAUCACCAAACUUCUUCCAGAGUUUCUCACCGAGUUUCCUCUGGUUGACAAACACCCAUAUACAGCCACUAGAACUGCCAAGCCAGUGGACUGGGACAAAGCCCUGGCCUCUCUGCAGGUGGACAAAGCAGUGGGAGAAGUAGAGUGGGCAAAGCCUGGUGCAGCAGCAGGGAUGGCUAUGCUGGAGUCCUUCAUCGACAUGCGCCUUAAACAGUUUGCUACCCAGCGUAACGACCCAAACUCGGUUGCUCUCAGCCAGCUCUCUCCCUGGAUCCGCUUUGGUCAGUUGUCACCCCAGCGAGCGGCCAUCGAGGUGCAGCAGGGUGGCAAGAAUGCUGGCGAGUCCGUCUCCUCUUAUAUUGAGGAGUUGGUUGUCCGCAGGGAGCUGACUGACAACUUUUGCUUCUACAACAAGAAAUAUGACAGCGUGAAAGGUGCAAAUGAGUGGGCACAGAAGACCUUGAAAGAUCAUGCCAAAGACCCCAGGCCAUACAUCUACACAUGUGAACAGCUGGAGAAAUCCAAGACCCAUGACAAGCUGUGGAAUGCGGCCCAGUACCAAAUGGUUACUGAGGGGAAAAUGCAUGGUUUCCUGAGGAUGUACUGGGCCAAGAAGAUCCUGGAGUGGACCUCCUCACCAGAAGAGGCACUCUCAAUAGCCCUUUACCUCAAUGACCGCUAUGAGCUGGAUGGACAGGACCCUAAUGGCUUUGUUGGUUGCAUGUGGUCCAUUUGUGGGAUCCAUGACCAGGGAUGGGCAGAGAGACCUAUCUUUGGAAAGAUUCGCUAUAUGAACUACAAGGGCUGCCUUCGCAAGUUUGAUGUGGCCAGCUUUGAGAGGAAGUACUUCCCCAAAAACCUUUAAGGUGAAAUAUAUGAAAACGUUGAGGACUAGGAAAAUGUUUCAGGGCUUCGGUGUCAUACUGUAUCUCUUCCUCUUAUCUCAGGAAACUUCCGUUUUGGUAUUGGAAAUAAUUUCUUUUGAAGAUGAAGCAUGCGUUUAGAUAAAGGCUAUGGAGAAUGUCACAGUAACUGUUUUAAUACUCAAGAUUGUUGUUUAUGGUUCGGUUUACUGUGUUGAUUGAGAAAUUUACAAUGAAUCAUGGUAGCUAAACCCUCCAUCUUAGAUGAUCCCAGAGUCCAUGAUGUAUACAUAUUAAACAUUAGAUUAAGUUUGUCGAGAUGCAACCUUUCCAUACUUUUUAUUGUUUUGAUAUUACUGUAUCUUGUUAGUAUAACUGUUUAAUUUCACUAAGUUUUUCCAAUGUAUGUUUAUUUGUAUUUUUUUAGUAAGUUGUUGGUUUUGUGAAUAAA